GCCCCAGCCCGCCCCGCCCCGCGCCGGGGCCGGAGCCGCAGCCCGAGCGGCGGGGUGACCAUGGAGGAGGAGGAUGAGUCUCGAGGGAAGACAGAGGAGUCGGGUGAGGAGCGGGGCGACGGUGUGCCCGACCGAGACCCCACGCUUCCUCCUCCUGCCUUUAUCCUGCGGGCCAUUCAGCAGGCCGUGGGGAGCUCCCUGCAGGGGGAGCUGCCGAAUGAGAAAGAUGGUUCCCGGUGUUACGGCCUCCGGUGGAGGCGCUGCCGGAGCCCGCGGUCAGAGCCCCGUGCUCAGGAAUCCGGGGGCACGGACACGGCCACUGUGUUGGACGUAGCGGCUGACAGCUUCCUCACUGGGCUGGUGAAUGCUCUGGACCCCCCGGACACCUGGGUGCCCAGCCGCCUGGACCUGCGGCCUGGCGAAAGCGAGGACAUGCUGGAGCUGGUGGCCGAGGUCCGUAUUGGGGACAGGGAUCCUGUCCCCCUGCCCGUGCCCAGCCUGCUGCCUCGCCUCCGGGCCUGGAGGACGGGCAAAACAGUUUCUUCACAGUCCCACGUGUCUCGACUCACCUGUGCCCGCCACCUCCUCACCUUGGGCACUGGAGACGGGGGCCCCGCCCCACCCCCAGCCCCCUCUUCGUCGUCCUCCUCGCGGCGUGAGCGGCACCGAGGCAAGCACCGGGAUGGCGGCAGCAGCAAGAAGAAGAAGAAGCGGUCGCGGUCGCGGGGCGAGAAGCGGUCCGGGGACGGCGGUGCAGACAAGGCCUCGGUCCUGGCGCCGCUGGCCUCGGGCUCUGGCGUGUCAGCCAGCGAGCGGGACAGCCGCCGCCGGGGGGCCGUGCCACCCUCCAUCCAGGACCUCACGGACCAUGACCUUUUUGCCAUCAAGCGGACCAUCACGGUGGGCCGGCCCGACAAGUCCGACCCCCGGGGCCCCUCGCCGGCCCCCACCUCGUCGCCCAAGCGCGAGGUCCUGUACGACUCGGAGGGACUGAGCGGCGAGGAGCGGGGCGGCAAGACGAGCGAGAAGGACCGGCGCCGGUCCGGGGCGGCCUCCUCCUCUUCCUCCCGUGAGAAGGGGUCGCGGCGAAAGGCAUUGGAUGGGGGCGACCGGGACAGGGACAGGGACAGGGACAGGGACAGGGACAGGUCCUCCAAGAAGGCCCGACCCUCCAAGGAGCUGGCGUCCGCCUCAGGGCCGCCUCCGAAGCCGCCAGCCAGCAGUGGCUCGGGCUCCUCCUCCUCCUCCUCCUCCUGCUCCUCCCGGAAGGUGAAGCUGCAGUCCAAGGUGGCUGUGCUGAUCCGCGAGGGCGUCAGCAGCACCACCCCCGCCAAGGAGGCUGCGCCGGCCGGCCUGGGCUCCAUCGGCGUCAAGUUCAGCCGCGACCGCGAGAGCCGCUCCCCGUUCCUCAAGCCCGAAGAGCGGGCCCCCACCGAGGUGGCCAGAGCUGCACCAGGCAGCACCAAGCCCAAGAAGACCAAGGUCAAGACCAAGGCUGGGGCCAAGAAAGCCAAGGGGACCAAGGGAAAGACCAAGCCAUCCAAGACGCGGAAGAAGGUGCGGAACGGCGGGAGCAGUGGAGGUGGAGGCGGCCCCGUGACGCUCAAGAAGUCCAAGGCGGAUAGCUGCAGCCAGGCCGCUGGGACCAAGGGUGCCGAGGAGACGUCCUGGUCCGGAGAGGAGCGGGCCGCCAAGGCGCCCAGCACCCCGCCCACCAAGGCAGCCCCUCCGCCCCCUGUGCUCACCCCUGACUCCCAGACCGUGGACAGCAGCUGCAAGACACCCGAGGUUUCCUUCCUGCCCGAAGAGGCCAGCGAGGAGGCCGGGGUUCUGGACGGGGCUGAGGAGGAGGAGGAGGAAGAGGAAGAGGAGGAGGAGGAAGAGGAGGAAGAGCAGCAGCCCGCCACCACGACAGCCACCAGCACAGCUGUGGCCGCCCCCAGUGCCGCCCCGAGUGCAGGCUCCACUGCCGGUGACUCGGGGGCCGAGGACGGGCCGGCCACCCGUGUCUCCCAGCUGCCCACGCUGCCCCCGCCCAUGCCCUGGAACCUGCCGGCGGGCGUGGACUGCACCACCAGUGGCGUCCUGGCCUUGACUGCACUUCUCUUCAAGAUGGAGGAAGCCAACCUGGCCAGCCGAGCAAAGGCCCAGGAGCUGAUCCAGGCCACCAACCAGAUCCUCAGCCACAGGAAGCCCCCCUCAGGUGUGGGGGUGGCCCCCGCUCCUGUGCCCACCUCUCUGGGCCUGCCCCCCGGACCCUCCAGCUACCUGCUUCCUGGCAGCCUCCCCCUGGGGGGCUGUGGCUCGACUCCGCCCACCCCCACGGGGCUGGCUGCGGCAUCUGACAAGAGAGAGGGCAGCAGUAGCUCCGAGGGACGUGGGGACACAGACAAGUAUCUGAAGAAGCUGCACACGCAGGAACGGGCGGUGGAGGAGGUCAAGCUGGCCAUCAAGCCGUACUACCAGAAGAAGGACAUCACCAAGGACGAGUACAAGGACAUCCUGAGGAAGGCAGUCCACAAGAUCUGCCACAGCAAAAGCGGGGAGAUCAACCCGGUGAAGGUGAGCAACCUGGUGCGGGCCUACGUGCAGCGCUACCGCUACUUCCGCAAGCACGGCCGCAAGCCCGGGGACCCCCCAGGGCCCCCACGGCCGCCCAAGGAGCCGGGGCCCCCCGACAAGGGCGGCCCGGGCCUGCCCCUGCCCCCUCUCUGA